CAAACCGGUGACAGCGUGUGAGCGCGUGCAGACCAAAUGAAGGUGAAUUACUGAGAUUAAAAAGGAUUUUCGGUGACAAAAACGAGCGUUAUUUCCACUUAAAGCACUGCGACAGAGCCUCUGGCUAACGAGUCUGUGGAUGUGUCAGAUAUCCUCUGUUCCAUCAAGCACCUCACAUGGCCGUGCGACUGCUGAAAGUGUCAUCUGUUGCGACUGCACUCAUCGCCUCAUCCGGAUUUUACCUGUACUCUCAGAAAGUCGACCUCAAUGACCUCAGCAUCAUCAGAUUUGGCCGAGCAGCUGCUGCGACGGCGGUCAUCAGUUAUGACUAUCUCACCUCUCUGCGUGAAGUUCAGUACGGGACAGACGAGUACUGGAGCCUCAAAUCAGAGGUCCACAGACGCUCAGCCGAGAGGCUCAGAGACCUGUGCUGUGCGAACCGAGGCACAUUCAUUAAGGUGGGGCAGCAUCUCGGUGCUCUGGACUACCUCCUGCCCGAGGAGUACACGAGCACACUGAAGAUCCUCCACAGCCGAGCUCCGCCCAGCACCAUGCAGGAGAUCCAGCAGGUCAUCAGAGAAGAUCUGGGCAAAGAGCUGGGCGAGUUGUUUGUGAGCUUUGAGGAGAAGCCACAGGGGGCAGCGUCUCUCGCUCAGGUCCACAGGGCCGUCUUGGCUAACGGCGCCACAGUGGCAGUCAAAGUGCAGCAUCCGAAGGUUCAGGCUCAGGGCUCCAAGGACAUCAUGGUGAUGGAGUUCCUCCUGCAGGUGGUUCAUUGGCUCUUUCCAGACUUUGCGUUCAUGUGGCUGGUAGAAGAGGCGAAACGAAACAUGCCUCUUGAGCUCGACUUCCUCAACGAGGGACGAAACGCUGAGAAAGUCGCCCACAUGCUCAGGCACUUCGACUUCCUCAAGGUACCAAAAAUCCACUGGGAUCUUUCCACCAAGCGCGUCCUGACCAUGGAAUUUGUCGAGGGAGGGCAGGUGAACGAUCGUGAGUACAUGACGGAGCACGGAAUAGACGUCAACGAGGUUUCCAGGAACUUGGGCAAGAUGUACAGUGAGAUGAUAUUCGUGAACGGUUUUGUGCACUGCGACCCUCACCCCGGCAACGUGCUGGUGCGAAAGUGCCCGAAAACCAAUAAGACGGAAAUUGUUUUACUCGAUCAUGGCUUGUAUCAGUUACUGAAGCCGGAGUUUCGUCUGGAUUACUGCAGACUGUGGCAGAGUCUCAUAAAGGGAGACAUGAAGGGUAUCGAGCGCUAUAGUAGACGUCUGGGGGCUGGAGAUCUGUACCCGCUGUUCGCCUGUGUCCUCACGGCCCGCUCCUGGAGUUCAGUCAGCACCGGCAUCAGCCAGACCCCUGUCACAAACACUGAGGAUGUGGAGAUCCGCAUGAACGCGGCGCGGUACCUCCCUCAGAUCAGUGAGCUGCUGAACCGAGUUCCUCGGCAGAUGCUGCUGUUGCUGAAGACCAACGACCUCUUGAGGGGCAUCGAGACGGUGCUCCAGACCCGUGCCAGCUCCAGUUCCUUCAUCAGCAUGAGCCGCUGCUGCACACGGGCACUCGCCAGUUAUAAGAGGAGUAAGACUGACUCGAGGACAAGGAGGCUGCAGAUCAGCGUGUCCGAGGCGCUCUCUCUGUGUCAGAUCAGUCUGUAUGAAGUGGUGUUGUGGAUUCGGAGCUCAUUGUUGGUGAAGUGGAUGUGUUACAUGCUCGGCUGUUUACCCUUCGUACGAUGAGGGUGUUAAAGGGGGUUGAAAACGGACCACUGCACUGCCUCGCUGCUUCUUCUUGCUCUUAGAACUCUCACUGUCACUCCAUCCACAACAUACCCAUGCCACACGGCAGGACGAGAACCUGGAUGUAUUGUGUAGAGUGACAGAGUUACAGUUGUGGUCAGAAGUUUACAUACAGUGGUGCUUGAAAGUUU